UAAAUCCAAACUCAGAGUUGUGUUGUUUGUUCUUAUUUUUUUAGUCACCAUGGUACUUUGGUUCUAGUCGCGGAGGGGUUUUGAAAGCUAACGGGUCUUGAAGGCAAAAUGGCCUCGAAGGACAGCAUGAUCACAGAAAACAUGAAAAAUGAGCGCCAAAUUAACAACGAGGCCACUGCAAAGCGGCUGAUUCGGUUGUACCGCGCCAACCAAUGCCUCUGGAAUCACAAGUCACCGGGAUACCAUUGCAUGCCCCUUAAGCAUAGCGCCUGGGACCGCAUCACGCGUAUUCUGAACAAUGGUCUCACGCCGGAUCAGGUGAAGCUGCAGGUGCUCUCCCUGCGCACCUACUACGACAUGGAGAGCCAGGCCAUCAAGCGUAGCAAGCGGGAGGGAUUCCACUAUGUGCCCUGUCGCUCGAUAUUCAAUGACCUCCAGUUCCUAGCCGACCAGGAACCGUGCGAGGCAGAGCAGUCCAAGUCUAGACCUAGCGUCCGCGAUGACCAAGUGCAGUGCAUUAUUGAUGAUGUUACGGAAAUGAUGAACAAGGACUGCGCGGAAUGCAGGCACAGCCUACGAGUUGACUUUAACAUACCCAUCGGCGAGAGAUCCGCUUCUUCAAACAUGAGCUUCGUGGACAAAGAGUUGGACAACUCAUCCGUGUACGACUCGGACCUCGAGACGCUGCCAACUACACUGCCACGUGCCACUUCCGGAGCUGAUCGUUAUCAUCACCAGAAAGAUGAAGAGGAAUCCAGCGACUACUCGUAUCACCAUCAAUUAAGGCAACAGGCCUUUCAAUGCAGAAGCGCUGGGGAAGCAGGAUACCAUAGAUAUUCGAGACCCACAGAAAACUACAGCCACAGUUGCCAUUACGGGCACAGGAUCCAACACACCACUUAUGUCUCUGUGGAUGAUGAAGCGUCUGCGUCCGCUGGCAGAGCACCGAAGCGGCAACUGCAAGUGCAUGCACCUAGACCCAGAUCCGGCAUGGAGGCCGGCAGCAACUAUGACUGUCAACACUCCAGAGACAGUCCCUUCUGCCGUCGAACUCCCAGCGAGGAGGCGUGCAAUGUUCUCUUGCUCAAGUUUAAUCCACGAAAUGCCAAAAACAACAAAGUCAUCUGUGCCAAUCGUCCUGCCAACUACAGGGAACCAGCUACAUACAACGCCAGCGAACAGGAACUUCAGUCAGCUGAAACUCCAAUAUAA